AUGGCUGACAACUCCAAGAUCGCUACCCUCGACUCCACAAUCGUCGACAGACUGCCGACCUACUCCAAGACGCUCUUUGACGCCAAGGCGACCAAGAAGCUCACCUUUGAGCAGAUCGCCACCGAGCUCGGGCGGGGCGAGGUUGCCGUGGCGGCCCUCUUUUACGGGCAGGCCCAGGCCUCGCCCGAGGACAUCACCAAGCUGUCGGGCCUGCUGGGCGUGCCGCAGGCGCAGCUCGAGGCGUCCAUGGGCGGCUUCCCGGACCGCGGCCGCGCCGGUCCCAUGCCCCCCGUCGAACCGCUCAUCUACCGCCUCUACGAGGUUGUGCAAAACUAUGGCUACGCCUUCAAGGCCGUCAUGAAUGAAAAGUUUGGCGACGGCAUCAUGAGCGCCAUUGCCUUUUCGUCAAAGGUUGAGAAGGAGGUGGACCAGGAUGGUGUGGCUUGGGUCAACAUCACCCUCCGGGGCAAGUGGUUACCAUUCACCCGUUUCUAG